CUUGCCAUAUCGCCCGCAUACACUUCCUGGAUGCUGCUGAGGAACCGCUUUGUAAUCGGAAUCCUGCACAAAAUAAAGUGCUAACUAACAACAGGAUAUUUUCCGUUUCUCGCUGUUGAAGGGUGACGUCUGCAGCUUCUCAUUGGCUGGUGGUGCCAGUCAACAAACAACAAAGAAUAUACAUCGGACAUGCGGAUACCGAGACUACUAUUUUGAGAGCUGUUAUAACGCCUUAAACACCCACAGUUACACAUAUAACCGCCUCCAGGAGAAGAAGAAACCUGUUUACUCUUCAAAAGCGCUCGUUAAGCGGUUGGAGAUGAACGGAGACUGUGUGGACGCGAGGCGUGUGGAUACAACAGAUGCUGGUAAGGAUGGGGCAUCUGGGUCGCAGCCCAUGCAGGUUGAUGCCAAGCCUCAAUCACAUGCCUUCAGAUACAGCUUGAACUACCCCAACAUCGGCCACUGCAUCAUAAUCAACAACAAGAACUUUGAUCGCAGGACAGGCAUGAACCAACGCAAUGGCACUGAUGUAGAUGCAGGAAACGUAAUGAAUGUGUUUCGAAAGCUUGGAUACAUUGUGAAAGUCUACAAUGACCAGACAGUUGCACAGAUUAUGCAGGUUUUAACAACAGUUGCCCAUGAUGAUCACAGCCGCUGUGCUUCAUUAGUGUGUGUGUUGCUGAGUCAUGGCGAUGAGGGGGUGUUUUUUGGCACUGAUACCUCUGUGGAUCUCAAGUCUUUAACUAGUCUGUUCAGAGGAGACCGCUGCCCAUCACUAGUGGGAAAACCUAAACUGUUCUUCAUUCAGGCUUGUAGAGGAACAGAUUUGGAUCCUGGUGUGGAAACUGACCAUCCUGAUCACCCUGACAUCCCAGAUGGUCGUGUGAGGAUCCCGGUGGAGGCAGAUUUCCUCUAUGCAUACUCUACUGUACCAGGUUAUUACUCCUGGAGAAACACAAUGACCGGCUCAUGGUUCAUUCAGUCCCUUUGUGAUAUGAUGACGAAGUACGGCAGUGAACUGGAGCUCUUGCAGAUCAUGACCAGGGUCAACCAUAAAGUGGCACUGGACUUUGAGUCCACCUCCAACAUGCCGGGCUUCGAUGCCAAGAAACAGAUCCCCUGCAUCGUCUCAAUGCUCACCAAAGAGAUGUACUUCACUCCUUAAAACCGCCAGGGAAACUUUGAGAACGUCAGCAGCUGUUUUUGGUAGGUUUCACAAGUAGUAUGUGCACUUCCAAGCGUUGAAUUUAGGAGUAUAAGACCUUUUCAUUACAGCAAAAUGGUUCAGAACCACUGAAAUACUAGCAGGACAUUCUUCUCAAAAUGUCCUGUCUCAGGUUUAUUGUGUUUUUCUAACAGUUAUAAAUGUGCUGUGUUUGCAAAUAGGUGCUCCAACUUUUUUGUGUUCUUGUGACUUUAUAGCAUUUCACUUGCCUCUGUUCUUUCUGUUCACGAUGUAAUAGUAAUAAUAGUAAUGAACAAUCAUCAGAAGCAAGUGAUGUGGGGAUUUCUAGAAUUACAGUAAUCAGGGACUUUGAUAAACUUUAAUAUACUAUUGCACUGUUAAAAAGGGAAUCAUAAACGGGCAUUAAAUGAGUUAAAUCAGUGAGAUUGGAAAUCGUAAUUAAAGGGAGACCGCUGUGCCUAUUUUAAUGUGAAAAGCAAAGAACAACAAUCAAACAUAACUAUUCCCUAGUGCCUCUCUCUGAGCCAUGUGAACGGAUUUUAAUAAGUCUUUUCAAUAAAUCUUUUUUACAGUUUUCCACUAAGACACGAUAAAUGCAUAAUUUACCUGAAUAUUUAGGGUUAAAGCAAAGUUCACCCCUACCUCCUCAAAACACAUUUCUGUCAUCAUGUACUCACCCUUCACUUGUUCCAAACCUGUUUGACUUCUUCUAAUGAACAAAAAAGAAGAUCUUUUGAAAAAUGUUAGAAAGAAUUGGCUUCAUAGUAUUUGGUUUUCUUACUAUGGAUGUCAAUGGUUACCCAUUUCCAACAUUCUUUGGAAUAUCUUCUUUUGUUUUAAAGAGAAGAAUCUCUUAAAUAUUUGGAACCAGUAAAGGGUGAACAAAUGUGUCAUUUCUGAGUGAACAAUCCGUUUAUAUCAUCGUUUUUUUAUUAUCAACGUUAAAAAAAAUCAACUAACAUUUAGAGACUUAAAGUGGAAGUCUUUAGGCUGUCAACAUAUGUUUGUGGUCAUUUGUAUUUUGAUCUGCAAUUCUCUGGAAUUUGUCUCUUUAAUAUGAAUAUGAAGGUAAUUCAUCUGUAAAAAAUCAUGUCACUUAUUACUGCUGAGGUCACUGAUACAUUGUGUGUUUUCCUUAUGCAUGCAUACAUAGAAAACGACAUACCUUUUGUGUUUAUUGUACAAUCUUGGUUAUUGUACAUAUGUUAGUUUUAUUCUAUGUACAAACCACAACCUUUGUAUGUAAUAAAACAGCUCUGCAGUACACUG